AUGGAGGUCGUGAUCCCCUUGAAGAGUGGAGCAAACUUAUCUGGACACAGCCAGCAAGACAUCCUCAAUGCAGUGCAGGAUGAAUACUUCAAUCGGUACUUGGACCAGCUGGGCAUCGCGCCGACGGCUGCGAACAAGGCACAGAUGCUCAAGUUUCGCCCCAUGGACGAUUGUGAAGUGCAUUCAAUGUGGGCAGACGACACGAGUUCAGGUCUUGCAUCAGCUCUUCGCAUAGCUCCCCCGCUGCGCCAUCGUGUGGGGUAUGAGGACGAAGAGCCUUUAGACAGAGCCAUCAUUGCCCACCUUUACGGAGAAGCAGAUGACAUACCGGUGGAACCUCCGAACGUGCCGGGGCGCACCAUCUUCCCCGUGGACUUGUCCAAGAUGUUCGAGCCGGAGAAGAGGCAGAAGGCGGAUGUUACCUUGGCCGAAGUCCGCAAGCACAAGGCCGAGUACGAAGAGAGAGUCCGCCGGCGCGCGACAGCUGUCACAGGUGCCGGCCAUGCGGCUGCACACGGCAAAAGCCUGGACAGUGACCAGCAACAGAGCUUCAAGCAGGAGUUAGAGUCGCUCAAGGGCAAGUACAUCUUACCCUUCGCUUGCGACCGCCCUCUGCAGGAAGGGAGCCGGCGCACGCAGAUUGUGCCCUGGCCCCCCCACGGGCCGCUGGACAUGAAGCUGCAGGGCGAGCAAGCCGAGCUGGUGAGCGAGCCCCUGUCCAUAGAGAUCGAGCAAAUCCAAGUGCAAAUGAAGUCUUGGGUGCAAAACCAGCUUCCCUUGGAGCUCUUGAGCUCCAGCGGCCGGAAAGAGCCGCAGUUCUUGGAGGACCUCCGGGGAGCGCUUUGGGAGACGGAGGUUUGUCAGCUGAUUGGUGUGCUGGCCCAUUUGCUGUACUGGUUGGCCUUCAGCUGCUGCCGGAGGCCGGACCAGCCACGGCUCAGCCAGUUUGCGCUGCAGGGGCUCGUGACGACGGCCCACGAGAGUUGGGUCAAGUUGGAGCGCCGGCACAAAAGCUCGAAGCUGGGUGCCAGCCUUGCAAUGCCUUGCAUGCUGCUGACGUUGAAGUAUGGCAUCGAAGUCUGUUUCGAGUCUCAAUACCCCAGUCUCUUCGGGGAGCAGCAUGGCGAGUGGUUCAUGCGACAGGAUCUGAUUGAACGGAUCAACACGCUCCUAAUGCGGCUCUUCGACCCCGACGGCACCUACGCACGCUUCGGGC